GAUCCUCUGUGUAUUUUUCAUACUAAUCUUGUCUUCAAUAGCGCGUGUCUGUGCACUUUUUGAAGCUUUCAAAUCAAGUGACGUUAUUUAAAGAAUUGAAAAAAUUUGAAAAAUGUUUAAUCUUUGAAAAAUAGGGUCCAUAUAUAUACAUACUUAGUCAUAUCCCUUCUUCGAUGAAACCACCAUCAAAUACGAUCACUUUCAUUGCUCUUGUAAGAUCGAUCGUCCGACACAAGAGCAAUCAUUCGCGAGAAUCGCAGCGGAGCGGUGGACGUUCUUUCUUUUCUUCUCCGGUUGGAGAAUCGCAGACAUUCAGUCGUCGCGAUAUUCACUGUCGUUUAUAUUUCGUGAAAGUGUCGUUCGUUAUUAAAAUAAUGUAGAAUAGUCAAUUUUAAGUCAAUUUUUUUUUAAAUAUCGAAAUAGAAAAUUUUUAAGGUUAUUAAUUUGCAAUGAUAAUUUAGUCAAAUCAGCAAUGAUAUUUCAUAACGGAAAUGUCAAAUUUGCAUUGUUCAAAUUUAAUUACAAAAUUAAUAAAUAAUUAAUUUUUAUUUUAUUACGCUAGAUUGAUAAAUUAGGAAAUAAUAAAUAAAUAAUAAAUGGUUACUUAAGGAAGGACAUUUCCUUUCAUUUAAUUAGUAUAAAUAAAAUCGGAAUUGUUUACAGAUCGGAGAAAAAAAAAACAUGUACGAGCACCCUUAACAAUUGAUUGGCGCCGCACUUCGUUCUGCAAUGAAUCUUCGAACGGCGGAGGCUCUUGCAAUCGUUCUCUUUACUUUAAUAGAGAUUAAUUUUGCUAUGAUGAAAACCUUCAGGGACGAUAAUGCGAAAUGCGGCUGCCCAGCAAUUACAUUAAGAACGCCAAGAUCGACAACAGGACGUCAACCAACGACAGGACGAAUUUUUAAUGGAAAACCCAGUAAAAAAGGAUCAUGGCCUUGGCAAGUGUCUUUGCAACUUCUUCAUCCAAAAAUGGGUUUCAUAGGACACUGGUGUGGUGGAGUUUUAAUUGAUCAAAUGUGGAUUCUCACAGCAGCUCACUGUAUUUCCAACGAACUUUUUAACCUUCCUAUUGGUGCAUUAUGGACAGCAGUUGUUGGCGAAUGGGAAUUAGACGGUGGUGGACGAGGAUCUGCUCGAUUACCUAUUGAACGAGUCAUUCUUCACGAGCGAUUUAACAAUUAUGUUCACGAUAUCGCCCUAAUGAAACUAGGAAGACCGGCACCACUUUCAAAAGUCGUACGAACAAUUUGCCUUCCAGAAACGGACGUUAAUCUUUCUGGUGUUCAUUGUGUGGCAUCUGGUUGGGGACGAUAUGGGCCAUCUCCUUCACUUUCGAAUGCUCUUUUAGAGGCAACAGUUCCUUUAUUAGAACCACAAGAUUGUUCCGAAGCUUAUGGUCAAUCUGUAUUGUUUAGAGAUGGACACUUGUGUGCUGGUCAUACAGAUGGUUCAUCGGGAAGUUGCGUGGGAGAUUCCGGGGGCCCUUUGCAAUGUCGACGUUCGGAUGGUGCUUGGCAAUUAGUUGGCGUUACAUCUUUUGGUUCUGGUUGUGCGAGGCCAGGUUUUCCUGAUGUUUAUACAAAAAUACAGUAUUAUCUAUCCUGGAUCAAAGAUACUAUUCAAAACGAUGUCGACAGUUAAAUUUAGAAUAUAACACACGUGUUAGUUGGAAAAAAAAAUUCUAUUUAAUUUAUAAAUAAUAUUAAGAAACUAAUUUCUACAUUUAUUAUUUUUUUUAUUGUACAUAAAAAUAUUUUUAUUUUAAAUUUAUUUAAAAUAUUUUUUUUUUGUAAAUAUGUAAAAUUGCACAAAUAAUAUAAAAUUGUAAAAAGAUAAUAAUUUAUGUGAAUUAAAAAAAAUUAUAUUUUCGAAAAAA